AUGGAAAAGGGGGAGAAUGUUCCUGCCUUUGUCCGGUUAGACUGUGAGCCCUUCGAGGCACGGCCUGGCUCCCACGCUGCACGGGACAAUGGAAUCCAGACAGUGUGUGGCCAGGGGGGGCCCCAGGACCGGAUCGUGGCGGGGGAGGACGCUCCGCGGGGGGCCUGGCCCUGGCAGGUCAGUCUGCAGUAUGAGAACCGCCACGUCUGUGGGGCGACCCUCAUCAACUCGGAGUGGGUGCUCAGCGCUGCACACUGCUUUCCCAAGCACGCGGAGCUGUCUCGGUACCGAGCUGUCCUGGGCUCCCACCAGCUGUCGAUCCCAGAGCCUGGCUCCCUGCGGCUGCCCCUGUCCCGCGCCGUGGGCCACACACUCUACUCUGGGGAGGGCUCCAGCGGAGACAUCGCCCUGGCCCAGCUGGGCCGCCCCGUCACCUUCACCCCGCAGGUGCUGCCCGCCUGCCUCCCGGACGCCGGGGUCCACUUCCCCGCCGGGACCCUCUGUUGGGUUACUGGCUGGGGGUCGCCACAAGAGGGAGCCCUGCUCCCAGCCCCCAUGACGCUGCAGCAGCUGCAGGUGCCCCUGAUCGACCCACUGCCCUGUGAUGCCCUUUAUCGGCGCCGGAGCUCCAUGAGGGAGAUCCAGGACGACAUGGUGUGCGCCGGCUACGCCGAGGGACAGAGAGACGCCUGCCAGGGCGAUUCGGGGGGCCCCCUGGUCUGCCAGAAGGCUGGGCUGUGGUUCGUGGCCGGCGUCGUCAGCUGGGGCGAGGGCUGCGCCCUCCCCAACCGCCCUGGGGUCUACAUCCGGGUCGGCGCCUACCUGGACUGGAUCGGGCGGCACGUGCCCAACGCCACCUUCGGGGUUGUCAAUAUCACCACCUACAGCUUGCCUGGGGGCGGGCCCCCCAGCCCUGCCCCCGCUGCCCUGCUCCUAGCCACCUGCCUGCUCAGCAUUCUCUGA